AUGGGAGGCUGUGAAGGGCAACCCGAGGGUCAAUUUCAGGACGAUUACGUGAAUUUCAUGCCUGAGAAAACCGAGAAACGCUUGUUUCGGUGGAAGGAGGUCACCGAUGAGUUCUUCAAGGCCGUGGAUGAUCUGCACCUUGGCGAGUUGCUUCACGAUGAAGGGUUUGGCCUCUUUGAAGCCAUGUCAGCCAUCGAGAUGAUGGAUCCAAAAAUGGAUGCAGGGAUGAUGUGCAAUAGGGGAAAUAAAACUAUUAUGGGUUUCAAGGAAUCUCUUCAGGCUGGGAAGUUGAAGAUUGAAGGAUUGACCCCGGAGGAAUCAAUCGGCAUAAUUGAUGGCACUCUCGCUUGCCUCCAGACAUGGUUGGAUGGACACUCCACUGUCCAGACUGUUUUCACUAAUCUCUAUCUCCAUGAACCUCUGGAAGCAAAAGAUAAACCUCUCAGGGCAUUCAACAUCUGCAUCCUCAAGAUUGUUCAUUUCAUUCAGGAAGUUGUGAACAGGGCUGCUGUGUUUGAGGAGGAGGACUUCCAACCCCUCACCUAUGGCUUCAAUUUGUGUUUGGAUGUCCCAGAGUCAACUGCUCUAUCAGCGAUGAAAGAGGCAGAAGAUGAGGUUGGGAAAAAGGUCCGUGCCUCUAAAGAAAACUCGGAAGAGCAUGAUGGUUUGGUGGCCUUGCACGCCCGAUUGAAGUUCCUUCGCUCCCUAUAUGCCACAUUUCUGAAUUUUAAUAAAAAGGAAGGGACAGGCUCAAGUGAUGUUCUCAAGCACAUUUCUUCUUGCCUUGAGCUCAUUCCCAUCUUGAAGAAGUCAAUUCCUUUGGGAAUUCAGCCAUCGGUUGACCCUGGAGUCAAAUCCAAGAAUAAACGCCUUUCACUAGGUGCAGAUUACCCUACCAUCAUGGGAUUCGAGCCUCUGAUCAAUCAACGACUCCUUCCGCCCACGUUUCCACGAUACACACAGCUGCGGAGCCGAGAAUCCACCUACGAUGCCUUGGUGGACACACUUGGCCGUCUCAGGCACAUCACGGAUAUCUACCAGGCCCGCAACUUCCACCAGGCCAUGGAUUUUGUGGCUGAGUUCAGUUCCCACAACCCCUGUGUGCUGUCUCGAAGUCUCCUCCAACGGGUGUACUUCCCUCAAGGAUUCCGGGUGUUUGGAACCACGAACUUAUCUGAGGUGUUGAAGGAGACGUGUCGAGGGUUCAUCGCCCCACACAUUCUGAGCGGAAAGCCCCUGUCUUCAUCAGUGAACCAGACCAAGGAGCUUGUUGAAGGUUUCUUCAUCAACUGCGUCCGUCCCUUUGCAGCCCUCAUCCAGGCCUAUGGCCACAAUCGAGCCAGGCUUCGAGAUCGCCUAGCACACUUACUCGAAGAAUUUGCAGCUAUUCAGGAAGAGGCAGACAAGGUGGAUGCAUUCCUGCAUCAGGUGACUGGAAGGUGGGAGUAUGGGUGUUUCAGCACGUGGCUCCUCUUCCACACCCUUCACAUCAUGCUCAACUUCUUACUCACAGGCUUUGAGCUGGAGCUCUAUUCCCCCCAUGAAUACCAUUACAUCUUCUGGUACCUAUACGAGUUCAUCCUGUGUUGGAUCAUCUCUGCUUUCUCACGUGCCGAAUCCAUUCUCAUGGAUUGUGAGCCACCUACGGAGAGCACCAAGGGGCGCAGCAACAAGAAGAAUAAGAACAAGCGCAAGAAGACGAGACCAUACAGCCGAGAGCUCCAAUACUACCAAGCCUUGCAUGCCCUCUGUGGCGGCUUCUACAAAAUGGUAGUUGCCCUGGGGAAAGACAAGAAGAUCCGGGAGCCCUGCCCGGAGUUCAACAACGAACAAGUGCGCUAUGAGCACCGCUUUGCAGCUUUUGGAGCUGUGCUCACGCCUCCACAGGUGCCCUACUCCCAGUUCAGACAAAUGACUGAGAGCCACCAUGUCCUGGACCCCAUUGUCCUCUACACUGACAGUAACAAGCAUUUCUUCCAGGCCAAAGCCCUUCUAGAGCACUUGGGGAAUCCAUCCUCUGAGAUGGAGGUGUUGAUCCGAGUGGCCAAGACCAAUUAUGUGGUCACAAAGUUGUUGGCAGGAGGUCACAAGCGGGACCCAGAUUCUGAGAUCCAGUUUGACUUCUCAGUUCACAAAAAACUCAGUAUGUCAGGUGAGGAGAAAGAAGAACUGAGUCGUGCACAGCGUGCCAGAGCAGAGCGGAAUCGCCAAAAAGCCCUACUGUUGAGGCAGGCAAGACUAACGGCCCAGCCCUACAGUAGGGCGGACCAGGGCCCCUCACUCGAUCGUGUUGUACGGCUUCAUAACACCAAACUUGUUGACACUGGAGCUGGCUUCUUCCUAGAGGAGAAGGACCUCGAUGAGGAGCCAGAGGAACCUAAGAAAAUAGUUAGCAGACCAGCUCCAGUGGUUCCAACAGAUCAACCAACCUGUGAGGAGUGUGGGGAGGAGUUUCCAGGGUCCUUCCUCUUUGAUUGCUUUGAAUGUCAUUCUAUGCAUUUGGGAUCCAGGGACAGAGAUGAGAAGCAUGCUUUGAUUGCAAAGACUGAUGCCAAAACAGAAUUCCUUCUAAAGGACUGUGACUUUGAUAGGCGGGAACCCCCACUCAAGUUCAUCACGCGACCAAAUCCACACAACUCAAGGGGGAACAUGAAACUCUAUCUUCGUUGUCAAGUGUUUGCACGUGCCUUAGAGGUUUGGGGAUCAGAGGAAAAACUAGAGGAGGAGCUGGACACGAGGGAAGAGAAACGUGACCGGCGCAAGGCCAAGCAGUACGACAAGAAGGUGAAGGAAUUGAGGAUGAGCAUGAGAAGCAGCCUCUACAAGAGAGAACAGGUAGCUCAUGAGCAUCAGUUUGGCAAGGAAACCUAUGACUCUGAGGAGGAGGAGUACUCUCGCACAUGCACUACCUGUGGGCACAAGGAGUCCUAUGAGAAGAUGGGAAGAGAUAAAUUCGACAGAGAGCAUGUCGCGAGACCCGUCUCCAAGACCUCACCGCUGUCGCCGACGUGUUAUCAGGGAGCCAGAAUGCCUAUGUGUUACAACAGAAGUUUCGGGCAGAAUGGCGGUGAGAACACUUACGAACCUCCAUUGGAACCCUAUUUACUUCCUGGGGAAGUGGUGAUAGCAGAGGCCCAGCACACAUUGAAGUUUGCCCCAAUGAGCAAUCAAAGCCAUGGCGAGUCUGGAUCCUUGUUUGUGACAAAUUUCAAGAUCUCUUUCGUCUCAGCCCAUCGGGGGAAAAAUGACCAAGUGGGUUCCCUGCUACCAAACCACCUCUUGCAAACAGAUGAUGCUUGUCUGAGCAACGUUGAGACUCUCUAUCAGAUUCAUGACAACAAGAAGAAGAAGCUUACCCCAGGUUCCAGCACCAGCCACAGGGUCAAGGCCAUCCAGAUUCAUUGCCAUGUAAGAAGGCUGUUGAUGCCCGAGGUGAUAAUAGUCCCGAGGAAAACUGUGGAUGGAGAUCUGCAGUACAUGGCCCCACACUUCCCAGACAAUAUCCUCCCCGUCUGGACGUGGGGCUGGCACACAGGUGCCGCACUCAUCCGGGGCGCCAAGCUCAGCAUUCCUGACAGCCCGCAAUUUGAAGCAUACCAGGAGAUGGUUCGCUCCUCGCACCCGUCGUCCAUCGAGCCCCUCGUGUUCGACCUCGGUGAGCUCCUCCCGUCCCCGCCGGACGUGCAGAGGUCGUUCACCGCCCUCCAGGAGCUCUUCAUGUCAGAUUCGAACGAAGCGUACGAGAGCAUCGAGGACAGCUUCCUCUCGUUGCUGCACUCGAGUCAGUGGCUUCAUCAUGUCGCCCUCUGUCUUCAGUUGGCGAAGCAGGCCGCCAUCACGCUCACCCGCAAUCACAGCUCCGUCAUUCUUGUCGAUCCAACGGGGCGGGACAUGGUGUGUGUGAUCAGCAGCUUGACACAAGUCCUGAUCGAGUCCCGCUUCCGCACACGCAUUGGGUUCCAGAGCCUCAUCCAAAAAGAGUGGAUCGCUCUCGCACACCCAUUCCCUGCAAGACUCGGUCUUCUCCGGGACGAACUCCCCAACAAAAGUCCGCUGUUUCUUCUGUUCCUGGACUGCGUGUGGCAGCUUUUGCAGCAGUGUCCCUCGGACUUUGAGUUCUCCGAGACCUUCCUCACCGUCAUCUGGGAUGGGGCUCACAUGAACAUAUUCGAUACUUUUCUAUUUGGUUCCACCUGGGAAAGAGUUCAAGCCAAGAAGGAUGCUACGAGUCCCCUGAGGUCUCGCAGCCUCUGGAGCUGGCAGGAACAAUACACGAUCUCAGACCAGAAGCAGUUCCUGAACCCGCUGUACCCCAUCACGGAUGCGAUCCGUCAGGAGGCAGAGAAGCGGGCAGGAGACCCUCGAAGCACGCCUCCGCCGGUUCCGCUGCGUCGCAAGAGACUCGCGGUGACGCCGGAGAAGCGACCGAGCCGGGUGCGCAGCCUCCCGAGCCAGGCGCAGGCCUGGGCGAGCUUCUUGAUGGGGAGUGCGCCGUCUCUGGACGGUCACUUUUCCCCCGACGUGGAUCCCCCGGAGGCAGCCCCCGAGACCACCUUCUCGGGCGUCUCGGUCCGGUGGCACCACGAGCACGGCAUCGCGUCUCAGGUCCAGCCUCGGAUCUCGUGUCUCGCGUUCUGGAAGCAGUGCUACCUCCGCUGGCUCCCCGUCGCCGGUAUCGUCGGAGGCGGAACGCCCAUCUACGAUGCGUUUCACUCCGUCCUCGUCGACGAGGUCUUCCGGCUUCGGCAUCAGAUCCAGAUCCUCGGCGAUCGGGCCGAGGGCUCCGACGGGAACGAGGCCGACGACGGACCCUCGACCCCGCGUCUGCCGACGAGACUGCGCUGCGACGGAGUGUAUUCCUUUCAGCCGUUCGCGUCGGCCGAUCCCGCGUUGGCGAAGCCUCAUCUCAACGUCAUCACACCGCAUCACUAUCAGAACGAGGAUAUGCUCGACGAACAGUCCAUCACCGACUGAUUUUUCCGCGUCGUGGGGGCCGACACACCUUUCGCUCUCGCAUUUUAUCAUGUCUUUGAUGAUGAAGCUGUUUCCGAUGUGAUAAUCAUUCAAAACUCUUCAUUUUUUGCACUGUGCAGAAUUUAUGAUCCUCAAAGAUGUUGUCAUUUUAUGUGAAUUGGAA